UGAUAUAUGGACAUGAAUAGAUAACAAUUACUUCCCAUUUAUGGUUUUUAAUGAAGAACCAUUAUUGGAUUUUAUAAUACCCAUUACUGUUAUUGUUAAGUUGAUUUCCAUUCAUGGGAUUUAUACAUUUUUACAAGAUGGGCUAUUCUUGAUAUAUUUACAUGAAUAGAUAACAAUUUCUUUCCAUUUAUGGUUUUCAAUGAAGAACCAUUAAUGGAUUUUAUGUAUACCCAUUAUUGUUAUUAUUGAGAUGAUUUCCAUUCAUGGGAUUCAUACAAAUUUACAUGAUGGGCUAUUCUUGAUAUGUAACAUGAAUGGAAAACAAUUUCUUCCCAUUUAUGGUUUUCAAUGUAGAACCAUUAAUGGAUUUCAUGUAUAUACCCAUUAUUGUUAUUAUUGAGUUGAUUUCCAUUCAUGGGAUUCAUACAAUUUUACAUGAUAGGCUAUUCUUGAUAUGUAACAUGAAUGGAAAACAAUUUCUUCCCAUUUAUGGUUUUUAAUGAAGAACCAUUAUUGAAUUUCAUACACCCAUUACUGUUAUUCUUCAGCCGAUAUCCAUUGAUGGGAUAAAUACAUUUUUACACGAUGGUCUUUUCUUGAUUUAUUUAUGUGAAUGGAUAACAAUUUCUUCCCAUUUAUGGUUUUUAAUGAAGAACCAUUAUUGGAUUUCAUAACACCCAUUACUGUUAUUGUUAAGUUGAUUUCCAUUCAUGGGAAUUUUGACAAAAUACACUUUAAAAAGCAAUAUACAUCGUGGGAAUUAGCUAUAAAAAUUUUGUCUUAGGAAAAUCUCAUUAAUGGGAAGUCUGUGAAAAUGUAAAUUAGGUAAUUCACACUAUGGUUUUUUCUAAAUAACAUCAAUGGAUUUUUGAUUUUUUUUCCUGUGAUUUUUAGAAAAUAUCUGAAGAUGUUUAAUAUUCAAACAUCUAAUCAAGUUCUAAAACAAGCAAAACACUUGAGGCAGAUAGCUCGGCGCAUAUCACGUUCCCUUGGUCCUGGAUCAUCCGUCCUUAACAGCUUGCCAGAGCGGCUUAUUCAAGUUCACCCAGAAGUUGCGGAGGCCCUUGUCAGAAGAAAACCUAUUGUUGCUCUGGAAUCAACCAUUAUUACGCAUGGAAUGCCUUAUCCAGAAAACAUAAGGUAUUGUUAGAUCUAUACUCUGAGUGUGUCCUCUUAUGGGCAGCUCUAUAUGUUGAAAAAUAUUAUGGCCAUACUAUUCUAGCUACAGUGUUUUACAAGUAGUGUUUACUAAUUACUUGGUAAACUUUGGUUAAUGUUAUGUGCAUUCAUUCACCAUGAACAUAACCAAGACAACCAAAAUUGUAUACUGCUUAAGAGACACAACAUCGACUUAACUGCUUGUUGAGUUUUUUAGAUGAGCUCAGAAUUAUUUUUUUAAGAUCCGCAAUCUUUAAUGUCUAUUUAGCACUGCCUUCGCUUGGCCUGCUUUCUCAGAUUCGACCUCACCUCAGGCUGGCACAUAUUACAGCUGCACUGUAUUACAAAACUUCCAAAAGCUGUGCUAGUGACAAUCAUUCUUACAUCUACUACCAGUGCACUUGUUUCCAGAAUUCCACCUUGUGUACCAAAAGUGGUGACCAUCACUGAGGGGGGAGAAAUAAGAACUGUGUCCCAUUGUAUGCCGUCGUAUGGUAUGCAGUGUUAGCAAGUCCCAAGUAAAACAAAACAACUGUCCAAAGCUAGGCUUAAUGAAACCUCAGUCUGGAGAUAAGUGACUACACAUCAUCAUCAUCUUAAUCAUUCUGAGUUCCCCCAGGCAAUGUCAUGCCACAUGCUACUGUCCAACAUGCAUGCCUUUUAUUCUUUCAAGGGGAGAAGACCUGCAAUCCCUUAUUAAGGGGGUUAAAAUAAGUUAACAUGCUAAAUAAUCAUAAUGGUGUAUUGUUCCAUUUUUAUGAAUUACUGAUGCUACAAUAAUACUUCUUUGUAGAGUUGCAAAAGAUGUACAAAAAAUUGUGAGAAGCAAUGGGGCAGUACCAGCCACAGUGGCCAUAAUGGCUGGAAAAAUACAAGUGGGUAUGUACUGUACAAAAAAGAUUUUUACUUCUUGCAGGCAUGGCUUCAUCUAUACUAUUUAAUAUUGUUUAAUAACAGAAAAAACACAAAAGGAUCCACUUACACUGCUAUAUAUAUUGAUGACUUUUAUUUCUUCAAAAUGGUACAAUUUUGCAAAUUAAUAUACAAAUGUUUACACCUUUAUCCAUCCAUUGAUUGACAUUUAAUGAAGUGUCAUAUAUUUGAAAACUCCCUUAGGGAAAAGCAAUCACCUUCAGUUGUCAUUUGUUUUGCACUCAGUGGGGAUAUGAAAUAGUCACAUAAUUUGAAUAUUUAGUACACUGUAAGUUAAUUUGGUUGUUGUUUGUUCAUGUCUUUGAAAGGUUUGUCUGAUGACGAUUUAGAGAGGCUUGCUCAAGACACCAGCGCUUUAAAAACAUCAAGACGGGACUUGCCUUACGUGAUCAGCAAGGUCUGGAUUAGCAUUUAGACAUCAUUAAAUUGUUAAGUUAAUUGUCAUGUUACCCUUAUGUGAUGCAAAUACAAUUAGCCUCUAUUGGCUUGUUUUAGAAUGAAAAUUUGUGUGAAUUUAUAAGCAUCUACUAGCAAGAUAACAAAGCCUGUUUUUCACGCAUUGACAGAGAAUAACUGUACUUGUAGGAUCAAAUCUAACAUCCAUUGGGAAUGUCUAAAAAGUUAUUCACGUGGUGAUAGUUUUACAUCAGCUGUUUAAGAUUUCCUCUUAAUAUCUUUUUAUUUCUAAAAAAAGUUGCUGCUGAAAUUUUAUUACAAAAUGUGUUGUAUGAUAACAUUAUUUUGAACUUUACAGGGUCUAACAGGAGCUACCACAGUAUCCAGUACAAUGAUUGCUGCUAACAGCACAGGUAUCCCAGUGUUUGUUACUGGAGGUAUUGGUGGUGUGCACAGGGGAGCUCAGUCAAGUACGUUUUUUAUACUUUGUUUUGUACAGUUUUUUUCUCUUCUGAAGAAUUAUGACAUUGAGAAGUUUUAUCUCCCAUUAACCGUGACAUUAAAGUUUGCCGAACUGUAUUUUGACAGCAUUUGACAUCAGUGCUGACUUGACAGAGCUUGGUAAAACACCAGUAGCGAUAGUUUGUGCUGGAGCAAAAUCUAUUUUGGACAUUGGAUUGACACUGGAGUAUUUAGUAAGUUGUGUCUUCUGGUUGUUUGGUUUUGGGAAGAAUUUAUUGAUUGUAGGUCCUGUCUGUCUGUCUGUCUGUCUGUCUGUCUGUCUAUCUAUCUGUCUGUCUGUCUGUCUGUCUGUCUGUCUGUCUGUCAGUCUGUCUAUCUACCUAUCUAUACAUUUUUAAUUAUUUUUGUAGGAGACUCAGGGAGUUCUAGUGGCCACAUACGGAGAUACACUGGAUUUUCCUGCUUUUUUUACACCUCAAAGUGGAUUUAAGGUUACUGAUAGCUAGUGUAGUCAUGCAUCUGUUUGUUUAUUAUUAGCUUUGUAGAGGUGGUGUAUCCUUAAAUCAGUAAUUCUGACUUGUGUUUAAAGAUAAUACCUUUAGAGUUUUCCUUGUAUGAUAAAACUGUAAUGAUCAACUGUAGACAGGGAAUGCUACAGUUAUUACAAAUUAGCACAUUUGAAAGAGUUCUGCCAGUAUUCUUGACUACCGUAUUUAUUCGAAUAAGCGCCCAACCUCGAAUUAGCGCCCACCUCGAAUAAGCGCCCAUCCUAAACGCAGGAAAAGUUAAUAAGCGCCCAGCCUCGAAUAAGCGCCCACCCAGCCUCCUCAAAAUCAAACUCAAAUAAGCGCUUACCCCCACCCCACCCACUUUAGUGAAUAAAUUCUACUAAGAGACUUCCCCGAGGACGGAGUUUUCUUCAGAGUAUUUUACAGAAACCUUGCUUUGUUACUUCUUCGCAUUUUCUUAUUAGCUUUUUGUUGUUCUGUUGCAAAAUAAACAUACUUCACUUGCUGAAAAUGGUGAAAAUUUAAUAAGCGCCCAGCCUUGAAUAAGCGCCCACCUUGAAUAAGCGUCCACUCUCAAGGUCCAAAAAUUUAAUAAGCGCCCAGGGCGGUUAAUCGAAUAAAUACGGUACCUGUAAUUGUUCCUAUUUCUUUCCCACAUUACGUGGCUAGCAAUUAGCAGCUCUGAUUCAAUAGGCUAUAAAAUGUUGCAAAAUGUUAAAUGCAUGGAAAUGUCUGGGAUUGAACUGCAGGGAAAACUCCUAUAUGUUAAUAUUCUACAUGUGUGCUUUCUGAUUUUUGUUUUAAACUGUUGUUGUUGCAAGUCACCCAAACUAAUUUUCAGUUGACAUUGUUUUUGUGCAGUAUUUUGUAACAAAUCUUUAUCCAACAAAGUGACGAGUUAAAGUUGUUGAAAUAAAAUGUUGCUUGAGGUGACAAAAAGGGGAAAUUGCAAUUGAUAAUGGUAGCAAGUUCAAAUUUAAUGCUUUAAUGCUUAUUAUAGUCAGUCCUGCAGCACUUGCUUUAAGUAAAUUUUGCUAUCAAGCUUGUACAUGUAAAUUCUAUUCUAUAAUAACUUGUCUAAUCGGCAAGUGAAGUUUUUUGGUGCUGGUUCAAAUUACAGAAGAACUGUACCGGUAAUCAAAUCCUGCUUAUAAAAAUUUUUUUUUUUUUCAAGCUAGUUAAAAUGACUGAUCCUGAAUUGCUAGCUACAGCUCGCUCGAAGGACAAGCUGUAAAAGUAACUAAAAUUUCUUUGCACCCUGUCCAGUUGAGCUCUGUCUGCUCUAACAACCUGCUUCUUGAAAAAUUAAUAUUUGCAGUCUCCAUACAACGUACAAUCUUCUGUGGAUGCAGCUAAAUUAAUUGGUAAGAUCAAACACUUUGCAAAUUACAGUCAUGAAAUUGUCAGUGCAUUAAUGGUAAAAAAAGGUUAUCUAAAGGUCCUUAUAUACUGACAUGGGGUACUAACACAUCAACAGUAAUCAAAAUACUGAUAAACCUGAAGCUAAUGGCGUGCUCUAUUUUAAGGGUAUUUAAGGCCACAUUUAAAGAAAAAAAUUGAAACAAGGAUUUCAGGUCACACCUGGACUGUAUUGAACAUGGGACCUGUAUGCACAGAAGGCCAUGCACUAACCAAAGUGUGCCAACCCUAAUUUUCCUCUAAAGAGUUGCAAAAAAUGUUACAUGCCUCAUGCGGCAUAUACUGUUGUAGGCGUAAUCCUCAUCAAGUACAGCCAGCAUAUGCAUUAUUUGCAGUCAAUCGCAUGUUUUGAUUGCAUAAAUUUUGCUGUUUUCCUCUGUGGAAUGGGCUAUCAAUUAGUCUUCCGACAGAAAUAAUUGUAACUUAUGCCUGUUAAUAGUCUCUUUAAAAUUUGUGGCAUUUUUGACAAGUGUGUACCGAUGUUUUGAUGUUGUUUAAAUGAUUCAGAUGCCAAUUUAUCCCUUGGGUCAACUAGUGGAAUUGUAAUAGCUGUUCCAAUAGCAAAAGAGCAUGCUGCAUCUGGAGCUGAAGUUGAGAAAGCCAUUCAAUAUGCCUUACAAGAAGCAAGGUAAAAACUGGGUGUGAAUUUUCCUAGUAGAUAAUUAUAAAUGCCUUAAAGAGGAUUCAUGAUGACAGGUGUUUUUUUGGUACUGCAUACCAUCCUUAAUAAUUAAAAUGCACUUCUAUUUAUUUGAAUGCAGCAACACAAUUUCUCAUUGAUGACUUAAUCUGGCCCAAGUUGGAGAGGCAGAAUUAAAAAUCUGGAUACUAAAUAUUAUGAGUUGUUUAUUGAUUAAUUUUAUCAGUGGUUCAAGGAAAUGUCCUUAAAAAUUGAAUGUCCUUGAAAAUUGACCAGGAAUGUUGAUUUCAUUUUAUCCUGGGUUUCAACUUUAUUUCGACAUCCCUUUGUGUUUGAGUAUGAUAAUGAACUGAAACAGAAAAGUGAGCCAUGACAUGUAUCUUCCAGGGCCAAGUUAACUAGAUUUAUUCUUUGUGUUAAUUUUGUGAAGUUCAUGCAUUUAACAUUACAGUGAUCAAGGUGUUUUAGGCAAGGAAGUGACACCUUUUGUGCUGAACAGAGUGAAUGAACUUACAAAAGGACGAUCACUUCAAGCCAGUAUCCUUUUUUUCUUACUUGAUUUGUAUUGUCUUAAUACAAUUAUUAUUAAAUAAUUACAAUCUCCAUCCAAGAUCCAAGUGCCUCAUGAUCAUGGAUGUUCAAUGUACUUGCAGCAUGUCCAUGCAUCUAAAGGGUGAUUGCAAUUUUUAAAUUAAGUUACCCCUGACGUUUUCUUGUAACUCAUUUCUUUAUCUUAAUUUUAAAACUUUAAGUUGCACACUUAUCAUGCUGCCUAUGGAAAUUUGGUGGUACUCAGCAACUGCAAAUUGCCUUAUAAAAUGCCUGGGGCAUUUUUAAUUUUGUGAAUUUGAAAUUUUAGGAGUCCAACUGGGGGUGUUUGAUAGAUAACAGGCGCAGGGUUUGAAAUAGAGAGGCGGUUAUUCUCACAAUUAAUUAAAUAGUAUGCUUUCGGCAAAAAUAUCAAGAGAGUUUAAGAAUAGCAGGAUAUCCACUCCAUCAUAUGUUUUGGCCAUCUAGUGAUCUAUCUCACUCUUUCAAAUCCCAAAAUCGAUGAAUCCUCGAUCAGGGUUAUUAAGUUGCCAUCGUUAGUCUAUCCGUAUUUUCAACCUGACGUUGAACAAGAAGAAAAUAUGCAAAGCCUUGUUAAUCAAGCAAAAAAAUGAAUGAAUUAAAUGAUUUCUCUCCUUUUUGCUAAUUCCUAGUAUUUUGGAGUAAUUCUCAUAGGGGGCAUCUAUUAGACUGGGUGCGUUUAUCAUAGAGGGGUGACUAAUACAAUUUUAACAACGUAGAGGGGGCAUUUUUUAGAUAAGAAGCCUUCAUUUGGGAGUUGGCGUGCAUCUGUUGGGUCAUUUACAUUAAACGGUAAGCUGUUUUUGCCAUUUUGUGUUACCAACAAGUGUAAGGCCUUAACUACCACUCUCAGAUAUAGCACUUAUAAAAAACAAUAGCCAAAUAGGAAGUUCAAUUGCUGUUGAACUCUGCAGAUUACGUAAACUCAAGGAAAACAAAGAUGUGGUAAGUGUAGCUUGGAAGAGACACAAAAAUGGGUUCAUUUUGCAUGUUACCUCGGCCAACAGCCAAUGGAGUGUAACUGUUGUGGUUCAAAUUUAAUCUUUGGUUUGAAUUUUUGAAACCAUAUGGUCAUUAUCAUUCCUCUUUACAGAAUGUUAAAAGUAAGCUGCCAGCUGGGAAGCCAGAUUCAACCACAGAAUGGAGAACAUUAAAAAGACCAGUAAGUCAAUAUACUUAGUGCCACACAGCUUAGGUUAUCUGAUGGCUAUCCCUGGGCAGUCAACAUGAACACAGGAACCCCUGGUGGUUGUUACUUCUCGUAAAAAGAAUUUAAAUAAAUGCAGUCUAUCAUUAUUGUAUUUUAAUUCUUUGCGAAGAGAACUAACUGAAGUCUGUUUUUGCUGUAAUUUUUUUGUCUCUCUUAUUUUUUUGAGGUUGUCAUUGGUGGAUCCAAUGUAGAUUUUAUUGCAACAGCUGAGAAAAUUAUUGUAAGUGUAGUUUUCUUUUAUCUCUGUAUGUUGGUGUUAAGGACUUUUAUAACAUCUUUUAGUUACCUGUAAUUUCACUGGUUACUGAAACUUUAACUGACACAUCUGUUCCAUCCCCGGUAGCUUAAUACCUUUUUUUCAUGUAUACAGCCUGAAGCAUCCAAUCCUGGACAAGUGAGGAUGAGUUUUGGUGGAGUAGGAAGAAACCUAGCAGGUAAUUUAAAGCAUUAGUAAUAUCCGCAAGCUUAUUCUCUAGUUUCAACAACACUGUAUGUGUGUUUGAGAUGAGGCGAAAAUUGUGUACAUUGGAUAUGCUAAAAACUUGUCGGUGACCCAAAGAAUUUUUGCUGAUGUUGUGAAUGUAUGAAGUAGAUCGUGAUUGGUACAUGUAUGUUAUUUGACUUCCUCUGUUAGGGUACUGUUAUUGUUUAACGGCUUGGCUGUACUGCUUGUAGUUUAAUAUUUUUUGUCUACAGAAUGUCUGGCUCGUCUGGGGUCAAAGCCUGUGUUUAUAUCUGCGGUAGGAACAGACCCUCUAGGAGUUAUGAUGCUUAAACACUGCGAAGAAGUUAACAUGGUAAUAAAGUAGCCCCUUACCGGCUCCCCAUAGCUUAUUGUGUAGAGCGUCCACCCCGGUGUUCGUGGGCUCAUAGGUUCAAAACCUGCCGGGGACGUAAGAUAUUUGCUUUGUCUGACUUCUGUGACAUGGCAAUUAUAACCUCAUGUUCUUCGUAAAACAAUAACCGUACAAUUUACCCUUUUCAUUUAUCAUUAUUUUAGUUAAAGAUCGUUAAAAGUACAUCUACAAGACUGCUGAUCGUGGCAGUAUGAAAGCCCGGGGGCGGGGGGGGACUCCGCAUAUGAAAGGGGUAGGGAUGCUCGUGGGAAAUUUUGAAUUAAACCCCUAAAGGAGACCUAUCUGGGCGUGGCCCAAGCUUUUUUGUCCCCUAAAAGCGUCCACGUCAUAGGUUAUAUUUUUAUAUUUUUUGGCGUGAACCCUAAACGAGACCUUCACGGCUAAAUAUGAUGGCGUUUUGCCCAGAACACCCUAAGUGAGACCAAAAUCCGAAAUUUACACCCCUAAGCGACACGACGAGCAUCCCCACCCCUUUCAUACGCGGAGUCCCUCCCCCGGGUAGGAAAGAUGCUUUCUCUCUCCCUGUUUUUCUCCUUAUUUUUUUUUCGCUCUCUUCCUUCGCGGCGCACUCCACUAUCCGAACGCAUGGAACAGGCUACCAAGUUUGAAAGAAACUCUUUUUCGCUUGCUUUUGGUAGAGAUGAAUCUCCCGUUGUGUUUUCUUUUCCUGUCCAUUGCAUUAGGAGUCAUUACUUCCAGUGUAUCUAGAAAGCGCAAAAGCCAAUGUUGCGAAAGAGCAUUGCGAAAGUAAAUGAAAGUUAACCCGCACGUUCUGGUCCCGCCGGGGAAGUCCCGAAAUGCACAGAAAGUGUGCGCAGUAACAAUGGUGGGAAGCGUCCUUAAAGUGGCGAAAUUUUAUUGACGUCUGUAUGGUGGGGGGCGGGGGGACGUCUGUGCCCCCCCCCCCCCAGCAUACAAGUCGCGACAGAUUUUCCCUAACUGGUCCAUCUCAAUAGUUGAAAAACUUCUGUGAAGGGUCAAUUGCCAACCCUUGCACCUCCCAGGGGCACCCAACGACUGUUUUCUGUGAAAUAUCUGUUCGGAGAAGCAAAUAUUGCCUAGAAAUUUCUGUUACUUGAGGACGGCUAAAAAUUUCGAGAUGACCGUACCACUCAUGCACAAUUUUCAAAGCUUAUGUAAGAAAUUCCCUAUGAUUUUCUGAAGUUUAUUUUUCACAUUUUACUUCCCAAGUUAGGCUAUUUUUCGUAGAGAAAAGGAAACCUAAACUUUUCGGACUCAAAAAUGCAAUGGAGGGAGAAAUCAGAAAAUUUCUCACUUUCGUAAUACGUCAAAUUGCAUCCUAAAAUUUUCGGAAAAGUAAUACUUAAGCCCUUGUAAUUUCGAGAAGACUCGAGUACCCCUAGGACGACCGAACAGAUGCAAAUUUUAUAGUGCCGCUUAGAAUACAUUUCUAAACAUCUAAAAGUACUCUGGAUAGCCGAAAAAGUGUUAUCAAUGUAUUUAAGAGGAAACCGUCGUUGGGUGCGCCUGGUCUCCGGGUAGCUCGCUGUUUGGAAUAUUUUACACGUACAGACUACUCGUUCUACCCCCUUCUCCUCUUAAGCUCUAUAACUACUUACCUUUUUUUCACCUCCCAGGUUACGCGAGGUAUAUAUACAUCUAAAGUAAAUCACACUGGUACUUACUCAGCGAUACUGAGUCAAGAUGGCGAAUAUCAUGUGGCUGUUGGUGAUAUGGAUAUUCAUAAAGUUAUCACACCGGAUAAUGUAAGUUGCGAGCGAGUAGGGAAUUAAAGAUGUCACGACGGUGACGACACCAAUAACUUAAAAACCUUUGCACAUGCAUCACGCUUUUUAGUACAUCACUUUUUCCUAUGCUGCAUGAGUACAAUGUGAAAAAUGCUAAUAUAACGUUAUAAGGAGGUCGUGAACAUAAGGCGGUGAAUUUUCCUUCCACCCUAAGAACUCAGUUUACAAAAAUAUGCCUACCUUUGACGUAUUUAGUGCUUUGGGAUACCGUAUUUAUUCGAAUUAGCGCCCACCUCGAAUAAGUGCCCAUCCCAAAGGUAGAAAAAGUUAAUAAGCUUCAACCCCCACCCAACCCUCCUUUCCCCUCUCACCAAAACAAAAAAAAAUUGAAUAAGUACUAAAAUAAGAGAGACUUCACCGAAGACGGAGUUUUCCUCAGAGUAUUUUGCAGAAACCUUGCUUUUUUGCAUCUUCGCGUUUUGUUGUUACCAUUUAUUGUUUUGUUGCAAAAUUAACAUACUAAACUUGCUGAAAAUAGUGAAGAUUUUAUAAGCGCACAGCCUCGAAUAAGCGCCCACUUUCAAGGUCCAGAAAUUUAAUAAGCGCUCAGGGUGGUUAAUCGAAUAAAUACGGUAAUUGCGGUAACUGAACAGGCUCAUUCCCCCGAAUUUGUUUCGCCGGAACGUUAGUCGAUUCGCCCGAUGUCUACUUGUCGUUUUUUAAGUAGCGAUUAAGUUUAAAAGAAAGCGAGUGCCCUUUUAAGGUGACGUUUUCGCUGCCGUCUCUCUUAUUAAGCCCCCUAAUGUUAAGGGCAGAGGUGCUUGGCACAGUGAAUGGUAUUAGGAUCAAGACACACGAUGUAUAUGCGUUAUCUGACGACAAGUAGAUAGUGAGGACGGUAAACAAUUAUUAACCUCACGCUAGAUGUCGGGGACUGUGACGGUAAUCUUUCUGGACCAAUCUUUUGAGAAAUUCUGCAUGUUUUUAAAGUCUGUUCCUUGAUAUUUUUUCCAUAAUUCAGCCAAUUUUUUCCAUUUUCUUUAUAUUUGUUAUUUGUGUUUCAUAUUUUUAUUGGAAUUUCUCGUGUAUUUUUUAUUGAUUUUCACUCAAACGUUUUUCGUAAUUUUGUACCCUGAUGUAAACUCCCGAGGGACUGUGAAGUUGAAAGAAGUGUUUUGAGUGGCACAAGGUGGAAAAGGCUCAUUGGUUGAAUUCGGUCACAUGGGUUCAAUGCUUAACGCUGAUUGGCUAGUUGCUAAAGGACCGUCGCUUACUACUGUCUUGUUCUUACUGUUAGAUUUCAGCUUUUGAGGAACCAAUCAAACACGCUUCCCUGCUGAUGUUGGACGGCAAUAUCACCCAAGAAGCUAUUGAUCAUGCGUGUAGCUUCUGUGCAGCCAAUCAUAUUCCAGGUAAAAAAGAAAUCAAACGGAAAGUCAAAAUCAUAAGUUCUCAAUUCCGAACUAGUUCCAGGGGGAACAUGAGCGAUAAAUAAAUGUACCAUGUCUUUGUGAUUCCAUUUCAAACGAUCAAACAUUGUGCUACAAGGCAACCAAGAGUGUGCGCGCUUAAUCGUAAGUCUCAUAAGCUAUUAUCUCCUCUCCCCUAGGAACUAUAAGGAAGGCGGUAUACUAAGGUUAUUUGUUUCGGGGUGAAGUACUAGCCUUAUAGACUGGGUUAUGUUGUUUACAAGAUCAUUCCAUGUUCUAAACUACUCUUAGGCCUGUUUCAAAAGUCGUGCUACUGCCGUGCUAAGCUGGCUCGACUUUAGCGCGACUUCAGCACGACACUAGCACGACUUGGUUUCAGACGUCGAAUUUAAUUCAGUCGAAUAGAACGGCUGUUGCUGAAAACAAAACACAAAAAUAAAGAAACGGUUUAGCAAACUUUUAAAUGUAUUCUAAUGUAUUUAUAAUUUAUGAAUUGAGUUCGGCACGGCGGUAGCACGACGUUUGAAACCAAGUCGAGCUACUGCCGUGUAGCACGGCAAGGCUUGCCGUGCUACACGGCAGUAGCACGACUUGGUUUCAAACGUCGUGCUACUGCCGUGCUUAAGUCGAAUUUAAUUCGAUCAAUUGAGUUCGGCACGGCAGUAGCACGACGUUUGAAACGGGCCUUAGCUUUCUAGUGCAGCAAUCGUGUAGUUCCUUGGUGAGUAUUAGCACACAUUCUACUGUAGGCGGGGUCAACAGUGUAUUUAGUAACCGCCAGGCAUAUUUCUAUUCGCAUUUCAUAUUUAUGUUUUAUUAAUCACCCUUAUUUUGUUUUUAUGACAGUCUGGUUCGAGCCUACGUGCUUAAUGAAAGCAGAGAAACCUUUUCUUUCUGAUGCGUGGCAUAAUAUAACUUAUAUAUCACCAAAUAUAAAGGAACUAAGAUCAAUUAACUCUACAUUAAUGAAACAACAACAAGAACAGUCAAGAAACCUCAGUGGGGACGAGGAUACUGAUAAAGAUCGUUCAUUGGACAGUGUUAUCACCGAGUGUUUAACUCUAUGUAAACCGCUCUUGAAACACAUACAUUGCGUAAUAGUUACAUUAGGCAAACAUGGAGCCUUGGUUUGUAGAGAUACUACCGCUGAUACUCCAUUCCCGACGGCUCAUUUUUCAAGUCACGCUCCAACGCGGCAACACAGUUUAGUGUCAGCGCGGCAUUUUCCCGCCUCGGCCCCAGGUGGUCACGUGCAAAAUGGUAACGUCACAGGCGCAGGUGACAGGUAAGAUGUUGGGAUGUAUUUUACCAUUAUAGCGUCCGACACCAUCCCCCUCCAAUAGCCAUUCUUUUGGUGUCUGUAUACGGGGAUGUUUGAAAGUUCAUAGAUAUACUAGUUUUGGAAUUCACAAUCCAUUGAAAAAUUCUAAAGUGAACAUGAUCUUCGCAGUAGAAUGAACAACCUAAAAAGCGUUCAUUCUGCUAUGAAGGUCAUGUUCAUUUUUUUCACUUUGUAUGAUAUUAGACGGAUAGAGGCGGGACACCUGGGCGGAAUGAUGAGUCUAACAGAUAUUCUUCAAAACGAAGUUAUCAUCCUUCGAGUUGUAUUUUUGCUGUUCUUGCCAUGUUUUUGGGCAGUGGUUUGGCUAAUACUUCGCAAAAUGUGUGAAAUUUUCCGCCAUUUGUCCUAGCUCUACCAAAACCCAAAUUUCUUGCUGAGUUACUCAAGCCUAAUCUUGUCCCCAGGGACAUCUCGGCUGCCGUCCCUUUUUGUGUCAAUAUUCUGUACAAUUGACGUCAUUGGUACCAAAAUCUUAAGCAUCUUCCAAAUUUGGUCAACGCUAGCCGGUUAUGCAGAAUUAUUUGAGAGAUUUGCGUCAAUCAGAAACGAAAAUGCUUGAAUGCAAUUAGAACUGAGAAUACAAUACGAUAUAAUAGCUUAAUAGCUUAAAGUUUCUAUCUAUCUAUCUUUCUAAUAACAAAAUUCUCAAAUCUGAUUGGUUCUCAACUGCCCUGAUUUCAGCCUUAAUAGGACAGUUUAAUAGGCCAGUACGCGUCAUGCCUAAGUAAUUGGACAGUACGCGCCAUCAGGUGCGCGCUUAAAUGGCUUUUUUUUUUUUUCAUUGCUAGGGAAAAAAUCUUGGAUUUUCUUGUAUUUUGAUUUAAAAAGAGCCCUAUAUAUCACAAAUUUUGUCAAAGUUAUGAUUAAUUGGUAACAGAACUUCGUGUCGUCCAAUUCGGUCUGUAAUCAUACUUGUGAUUAAACAAAUCGGACUCCCGCUACGCGGUCGUCCGAUUUUGUCAAUCACUCGUAUGAUUACAAACCGAAUUGGACUCCACUCAGUCCUGUUACCAUUACUUAUUAACCAGUCCCAAGAGGCUAUUAUUGGUCAAUUUACAAUAAUGAUAAGACUUUAAAUUACAAGGAAAAAAUAUACAUAUAAACUACAAGAAAAAUACUUAAUAAUCUACUAAAAAAUUAUAUAAGGCUACAAUCGGCGACAAAAUUGUUGAGACAUUGUACUUAAAUAGGUUGACUUCGGAGAACAAUAGAAUCCGCACCCCUCCCCUGUCCCCUCCAUUCAAAGUUGGGGUGUUUGUUGUUUUCUAUAGGUAGCUAGAACAAGGGCCCAACAUUGUACGGAGGGGAUGGGGGAGGAAAGCUAUAUUUCCUCCUUUUGAAGUUCAUAAAACGUGAAAAAGCCUACUUUUGGGCGAAGUGUCUCAACUCAUUUUGUCGCCGAUUGUAGGUAUAACUAAAAAUAAAAUAAUAAUAAUAAUAAUAACAGAUAUUGAUAGCUAUUUACAAUCGUGAAAUUUCUUGCCUUGCGGCUUUCUUAAAUACUUUUAAGCUGUGCUUACUGUGAAUCAGCAGAAAGUUAUAAUUAACUAUAGUAUAUUUCACAAGUUUUUGUUAAAAGCAUAAAAGUUAAUUUACAAUUCUCCUGAUUGCUGUUUUCUUGUAAUUUUCAGCUUUGCUGCUGCAAUGGCUUCUUUCAUAAUCCGAGGCCAGCCUCCAGUUUUAUGCGUAAAAGCAGGGAUGCUAGCUGCACAGUAUUCUCUUCAGUCACAGGACGCCAUUGCACCGACGGUUUUUCCGGAGAAUUUCACACCUGAAAAUGUUGAAGACUGUAUCCCAUGGCAACCUAAGGACAUAGAUAUUGACAUUUCGUAGCACGUGAACUGCAGGCGAUUCCCACGUGAUCGCUACAGUACUGGACGCCUUCUUGUUUCCAGAGAAUUCUUUUCCCGGAGAAUUUCGCACCUGAAAAUGUUGAAGAUUGCAUCCCAUGGCAACCUAAGGGCAUAGAUAUUGACAUUUCCUAGCACGUGAAUAGCAGGCGUCUCCCACGUGAUAGCUACAUCACCAGGCGCAUCCUUGCUCCCAAGUUUUUCUCUCUCGUAGAAAGGAACCUUGGCAACGAGGGUGAAUGUAACACCUAAAAACUUCAAGACUGCAUACAACGGCAACCGACUGACAAAAGAGUUGAAGUUUUCUUACUGGGGAACAUGCGUUCUGCGCCGAGCCCAUAGGAACCCACUUGAGCCGAUCAGUUUCGUAAUACAUGUAACGCGAUUGAAAGCAAUAACCAAAAACUUCCGAACCGUCUUGCUUUGCUUUUUCUUCAGCAAGGUGGUUUGUAGCUGUGAACAAACAGCAGAGACGGAGCACAUUAUGUUCGUGAACGUGUCUCAGAGACUGUACAGCACUGAGCCUAAACGUUUAAAAACCACAUCACAACUGGUGACAUUACAAAAUCGUAAACUUCUUUGUUACUUUAAUUCACAUAAUGGCUGAAUUAUAUUGAAGUUGUAUAAGCCGUGUCACCAGGUAAAUUCUUCAGCAAGAAGAAUAUAAACUAAACAAAAAACGUAAUAUUUAAUAUUCAAUAACUGCAAGAACCUACUUAUUAAACAAUAACCUGCACACCCAUUAGCUCUUUAAACACGUGCGAUUAGCUCCCUCUGGACCAUGAUGAGCACAUUUUAAGUGACAAUGUUUUUGUUACCAAUGGUUAUGCUCAAAAGCAAGACGCGACAAAUUUUGGGUUGUACACUCAUGUCCAUGCGCGACCGAAGUGACCUUGAACAGCGCAGGCAACACGGAGUUGCUGCGUGGCAAAAACCGAGUGAUUUUGUAUAUCAAGCUCAAAUUUCCAAGGAUUACUAAUAUUGCUGUGCUCUUUCGAUAUUCAAAAAUGUUAUUUUAAUAGUUAAAUCAGAUAAUGAUAAGCAUGCAUAAAUGAGGCAAAAAAUGUAACUGAACAAAGUUCCUCCUAUUCUAACUGACUCAGUAAUACGUUAAUAAGACAAGAUUGGCUCCUGUUUCUGAUAAAGAAAUUUUUUCUGGCUCCGUUAUUCUCCCUUAUCACGACUAUAUCAGCG